AUGAUGGAUCCAUCCACUAUAUCACCACCAUUGUCACCAUCUCCAUGUUUUCUAUUAGGUUCACCAGCACCACCGUUUUCAACAACUAUGCCCCAACCACCAACAUUAUUUUUAUCGAACCCAAAUAAUAGUAGUAGUAAUAGUACAUCAUCAUCGUCAUCAUCUUGUCCAACAAAUAAUAAUCAUUUAAACCGUGGUCAAAAUAACCAAUCGAAUCAUCAUUAUCAUCACACAACAGAGUCAAAUAAUCAACUUUCUUUAUCUUUAUCCUCUUCGACUAUACAAACACAAGAACUACCAAAUCAAAAUUUAGUAAUACCACUUAAUUCUUCUUUAUCAACAGUACCAGUACCACCACAUAAUAAUAAUAAUAACAAUAAUAAUAAUAUUAGCAAUAAUAUUAAUAACAAUAACAAUAACAAUAAUAAUAAUAAUAAUAAUAAUAACAAUAAUAAUAAUAAUAAUAAUAGUAGCAUAAACAAUAAUAUUAAUAACAAUAAUGAUAAUAAUAAUAAUAAUAAUAGCUUAAAUAAUGACGAUACUGAUACUAAUAAAAGCAAUAAUGAAAACAUUAAAGUCCAUCAUGACACCAUUAAUAGUAGUGGUUUAGUGCUCGAUACCAAUAUUAUCAAUAGUGAAAAAAUGGAUAUAGAGAUUAAAAUUAAUAGUAACGAUAUAAACGGAAAUAAUGAUAAUGAUAAUGAUAAUGAUAAUGAUAAUAAUAAUGAUGAUAAUAAUAAUAAUAAUAAUAAUAAUAAAAAUAAUAAUAAUAGUAAUAGUAAUAAUAAUAAUAACAAUAAUAAUGAUAGUAAUAAUAAAAAUGAUACAUCAAAUGAUGAUAUUAAUACCAUUGAGUCCGAUAUUAAUAGUGGUAGUAAUAACAGUAGUGAAAACAAUAAUAGUAAAAAUAGUAAUAGUUUAAAUUUUCCACAAUCAUUUUUAAGUGAUCCAAAUUCACCUUUAUUCGAAAAUGAAAAACAAUCUUCCUCUAUCUCACAACCAUUAGAAAAAAGUAAUAUUAAUAAUAACAACAAUAAUGAUAAUAAUAACAAUGACAAUAGUGAUGAUAGAAAUAAUAUUAAUUGUAAUAACAAUAUUUUAGAAAAUGAAAAUAAAAAUGAAAAUGAAAAUGAAAAUAAAAAUAAUAAUUCAACUACCACUAAUAGUAACACUACAAUUUUUGAUCAAACAAAUAUUAAUAGUAUUAUUCCAAACACAACAACUACAACAACUACAACAACCACUACCUCGACGAACUCAUCAACUACAACACCAACAGCAACAACAACAACAACCACCACAACAACAAAUUUACAAUCAAAUUAUAAUUUUAAUUUUAAUCCAUUAAAGAGAAGUUUAGAUAUUGAAGCACAAUUAGAUAGAGAACAUAUGGAAUUAAAGAGAAGACAAAAAGCUCAAUUAAAAACACACACAUUAGAAUAUCAAUUAAGACAAAGAGAAAUGUCAAGACCAAAACCUGGUACAGCAUCUCUUCAAUCGAGAAAGUUUUAUUUAAAUAUCGCACCUGACAAGACUGUGUAUAACAUUGACGUACCAAAUUGUAUCAUUAAAAAGUUCACAUCCGAUGGUGAAAAGUUGUUAUGUUUUUCAAGAGAUUUCAAAGAGAUUCAAUUGUAUCGUUUCAUUGGUUCAAACUUUAACAUACCAAAAGGUGCUACAAAAGAAUCUAAAGAGAAAAUUGAAAAAAACUUUAAUACUUACUUUCGUUUACUCUAUCAAUCUCAUGUUCCAAAUUUUAAUGAAUAUUUAUGUCGUGAUUUCUCUUUAACAACUUUAUGUGGUAAUUAUUUUAUAUUAGCAUCAAGUGGUCAAUCAUCAACAUUAGGCAAUCAAGCACAAAAUAAUCAAAUAAAUAAUAUAUUAGAACAUCAAGAUAUUAAUAGAAAUAGAAAUGUCGUACAAUCAUUGAAUUUACCAAAUUGCGAAGAUAUCACAUUUUAUUUAGUGAGUAUUAAUGAUGGUGUAGUUAGAGAUAAGAUCACAUUUAAAAGGGAUGUGAUUCAUUUGGCUCAUCAUUCUGGCGUAUAUUUGUAUAAGGAUUUAUUCAUUGUAUUGUCACUACAAUAUCAAGCAAUUCAUAUAUUCCAAAUAAAGGAUACCAACUUUGUAAAUUUAAAAACCAUUGGUCCACAUUGUAACGAGGAUGAUCAAGCAGAGAUUGAUGACCUUGCAAAGAAAGAAAUACCUCAUUUAAAAGCUGCUCACGAGAAAAAGCUUUUACAUGAUAGUUAUUCAACAAUCACCCCAAUGAAUCCUUUAUUUGCUCAAUUCUAUAUAAAUAAAACUUUGAAUGCUCAAUCGAAUAAUGGAAAAGAUUUAAAUCCAAAAAUUUCAAAUUCACUUAAUAAAACCAUAAUAAAUAAUAAUAUUAAUAUUAAUAAUAAUAAUAAUAAUAACAAUAAUAAUAUAAAUAAUAGUAAUAACAAUAAUAUACACCACAAUCAUCAUCAUCACCACCAUCAUCACCAUCACCACAACAAUAAUAAUAAUAAUAAUAAUAAUAAUAAUAAUAAUAAUAAUAAUAAUAAUAAUAAUAAUAAUAAUAAUAAUAAUAACACACCACAACAUGGUUUAAAUAAUAUUUUAACAGCAUCAUUAAAUUUAUCAUCUUCGAAUGUAUUGAAUUCAUCUACUGCCACUGCACGUAAUAUACCUUUAUCAACUACCACAACAAAUAUCCCUCCAACCGAUCACCCAAUUCAACAACAACAACAACAACAACAACAACAACAACAACAACAACAACAACAACAACAACAACCACAACCACAACAAUUACAAUUACCACAACAUCAGCAUCAACAACAACAACAACAACCACAUCAACAACCACAUCAACAUCAACAACAACAACAUCAACAACCACAUCAACAACCACAUCAUCAACAACAACACCACCAAAACAAUCAUCAACAACAUCAACAACAUCAACAACACCAACAUCAUCAACAACAACAACUACAACAACAACAACAACAACAACAACAACAACAACACCACCAACAUCAACAACAUCAUCAUCAUCAACAACAACAACAACAACAACAACAACAACAACAACAACAACAACAACAACAACAACAACAACAACAACAACAACAACACCAACAACAACAACAACAACAACAACAACAACACCAACACCAACAACAACACCAACACCAACAACACCAACACCAACAACACCAACACCAACACCAACAACACCAACACCAACACCAACACCAACACCAACACCAACACCAACACCAACACCAACACCAACACCAACACCAACACCAACACCAACACCAACACCAACAUCAACAUCAACAACAUCAACAACAUCAACAACAUCAACAACAACAUCACCAUCAACAAAAUCAACACCACCAUCAACAAAAUCAACAUCAACAAAAUACGAUGAAUUAUCAACAAAUGUUUGGACAAACAUUUUCAGAAAUUAAUAAUUCAAAUGAGAAUAGAUAUAUUAGUGGUAUUAAACAAAGAUUCCUUAGUUAUUUAUUUAAGAAAGCAUUAACAAGUGAAAAUAAGAAAAAGGCAUUGAGUAUGUAUUAUUCUUUGUACCCACAAUAUUGUAGCUUGGUAAUGUGGAAGAUGCAAUCAUUGGAUGCAUCACAUUUGUUAAUUAAAUUGGGUUCAAUCGAUGGUCUAUUGGGUAGAGUUACAGACUAUUGUAAUCAGAUUUGCUUUUUCGUUGUUUACAAUGUCUACACCACCGAAGUGAUUGGAGUCUAUGAAAAUUCAAAUAAAGAAUUUGCCAAAACCUUUGAACAAUUUUGUGAACAUUUCCGCGCUUGUAGUUGUCCCUCUGGUUUAAUUAAAUUUAGAAGCACCUGUUCCAAUAAUAGUUUUGUACGUGAACAUUUGAUCAAACAGAAAUUGGCCGUUGUAAAUGCACGUUAUGGUGGUGAAACUCAAGCAGUCAAAAGAAUCCUAUCAGCCUUACCUUUCUCUCCACAAUCUUGGAAUGAAUCACCAUACUUUGAUAAAUAUUUGUUUAGUUACGAUGAAAAGAUCAUCUCCUCCACCGAAAGACCUAAACCAUUGGUUGACUAUCCAAUCAAAUUUUAUUCUCGUGUCAGUGGUGAAGUUAAAUUCAAACUUAACACUGGUGGUGCUCAAGAGAAAAUUGAAAGACAAAACAAAAAAUACGCAACCUAUAUCUUUCAUCCUUAUUAUCCUUUCAUCAUAUCACUUUUACAUAGUCCAAGUACAGGUUCAGCUGCUGUCAAUUUUCAUUUCAUAAAUGAUGACGAUGAAAAUAAUGAUGGUUAUAAUACUGAUCAAGAUGAUGAACAUGAUAUUAUAAUAUUGGAUAAUAAUAACAAUAAUAACAACAACAAUAAUAAUAAUACAGUAUCAUAA